GGCGGACCUCCGCAAGGUGGCGGACCACCUCAAGGAGGUGGACCCCCCCACGGCGGCAGACCCCCUCCAGGUGGCGGACCCCCUCAAGGACCUGGCGGACCACCACCUGUGGCUCCUCUCGGCGUACCAGGCAUCCCCGCCGACCGAACCAAAGUCCGCGCCCCCAAUGUUUUUGAUGGAGAUCGCGACAAUCUAUGCACCUUCCUCAAUGAACUCUUCCUGUUCUUUGAGGCACGACCAGCCGACUAUGCCACAGACCAGAGCCGCAUCGUCACCGCCCUAACGUUCAUGGAUGGACCGAAGGUGAUCGCCUGGAAGGACAGAUACAUCGCUCAGGUCCGACGAAACGGUUGGAACACCUGGAAUGCGUUCGAGAUGGUCUUACAACAGACCUUCCAGCCCAUCGAAGAAGCCGCUACGGCCGCCUCCAAGCUGUACCACCUCGACUACCGACCUGCCGCACCAGACACCUUCAACGCGGAAUUCUUCCGCCUCUGUGCCCUCGCCGGUAUACUCGAAGACAGUGCUCAGCUGUCCUUUUACAAGGAGCGUCUCCCAGAAAGCAUGCGACGACGGGUUCGCCUCACAUACCCCAUCCCCACCACCGUUAACGAGUGG